AUGAGAGGAAAGAAUAGAAUUUGUCACGAAUUCGCGUUGCUAGUCGCUUGCCUAGUUGUUGCGCUGUUCGAUCGAGCGCAGAGCAGAAACGAGUACACGAGAUUAUUCGACAAAUGCGCGGCGGAGAAGAACGCGUUCGAUUGCUUGAAAAGGAGAGCGUUGGAGAUCCUGGAUUCGGCGAUCAAGGACGACACGGUGUACGUGUUGAACGAGUACGUGUCGAUCGGCAGGGAUCCCUCGGCCGCUGCAAAGAGCGUCGACAGAUCGUUCAAGGAAAAUGGGACCGAGCUUAGCCUGGAUCAGAUGCUGGAUAACAAGUUUCACGAAUAUAUUUCUUCCAGGAACGUGAAACUGACUAUUCCUGGGGACGCGUUUCAAGGUCGAAAGAAAAAGGACAAGGGAUACGGUGCGCUGAUAAUGGGUGCAAUGGCAGUGGGAGCCAUGAUGGCGCAACUGGCCUACGGUAAAAUCGCCUUUAUCGCUGGAACUGCCUUGCUCACGGCCAAAAUAGCCUUGGUUUUGAGCGCAAUAAUCGGGUUGAAGAAGCUGGUGUCCAGCCAGGGCGGGGGUGGGCACGAGGUUAUUUAUGCUACAGGCUCCGAACACCAUGGAAAUUAUGGCGGGGGAUACGGAGGUGGCUGGCAAAGAGCUAUGGAGGGCGUUCCUACAACUUGA